CCCCAUCCAAAGCACACCUCUUUAAAAGCCUUCACUAGGACCAAAUGAGGCUUUAAAAAUGUGAUUGCGGAAUCAAUGAGAUGACUUUUCAAUGGGGAGUUAUAAUGUUUAGAGAAGGGAUGAUUAGCUGAUUCUUCGAGCAACAGCUCUCAAAAAUAUCCCUCCAUGUGCCAAUUAGACUCCAUUGGCACCAAAGAGGGCUUUUGAAGAUUUGAUUGCAGUGCAGGAAAGGAAAAAGCUCUUAUAUCUAAUUUCUUGCUGAUUAGUGAAAAAGGCUUUUUGCUAUCUUGGAAGGACAGACAGCGUUUGAAGAAAGAAGCCGGUGGUCCACAUGGAAAACUGGAGGUUUCCAAUGCCUGCAGAAAGCUACUUUAUCAGUUUCGGUGUUUUAGAAAAAUACAUUCCUAAUAUUAUGAAAGUAUAGUGUUCCACUUUUCAGGUAUGCUGAAAAUGAUCUUUGGAUUCAUUUGUUGCAGGACCAAUGCAAGAGACUAUAUAUGAUUUCUGGAGAAUGGUUUGGCAUGAAAACACAGCAAGUAUAGUCAUGGUGACAAAUCUCGUGGAAGUUGGGAGGGUCAAGUGCUGUAAAUACUGGCCAGAUGACACUGAGAUAUAUAAAGACAUUAAAGUUACCUUAAUAGAGACAGAGCUUCUCGCUGAAUAUGUGAUUCGAACAUUUGCAGUAGAAAAGAGAGGCGCCCAUGAAAUCAGAGAAAUCAGACAGUUCCACUUCACUGGCUGGCCAGAUCAUGGUGUACCAUACCAUGCUACGGGUCUUCUCGGAUUCGUCCGGCAGGUCAAAUCGAAAAGCCCACCUAAUGCCGGCCCACUAGUUGUACACUGCAGAGUUAUAAACAGCCUUCAGCUUUUAUAGUCACUCAGCAUCCUUUACCAAAUACUGUCAAAGACUUCUGGAGACUGGUUCUAGACUACCAUUGCACAUCAAUAGUGAUGCUGAAUGAUGUGGAUCCAGCACAAUUAUGUCCACAAUAUUGGCCUGAAAAUGGUGUUCAUCGACAUGGCCCUAUUCAAGUAGAGUUUGUUUCUGCUGAUUUAGAAGAAGAUAUAAUCAGUCGAAUAUUCCGAAUUUAUAAUGCAUCAAGAUUGGUUGGGUCCCCACAGCCUCAGGAUGGCUACCGAAUGGUACAGCAAUUUCAGUUCCUAGGAUGGCCUAUGUACAGAGACACACCCGUAUCUAAACGGUCUUUUUUGAAACUCAUACGUCAAGUCGACAAGUGGCAAGAAGAAUAUAAUGGAGGAGAGGGCCGUACAGUUGUCCAUUGCUUAAAUGGUGGUGGCCGCAGUGGGACAUUUUGUGCAAUCAGUAUUGUUUGUGAAAUGCUACAACACCAGAGGGCCGUUGAUGUAUUCCAUGCUGUGAAGACUUUGAGAAAUAAUAAGCCAAAUAUGGUGGACCUUCUGGAUCAAUAUAAAUUCUGCUAUGAAGUGGCUUUGGAGUACUUGAAUUCUGGCUGAUACUGCAAGUAACGUUGAGGCAAAAUGUUUCACUAGCACAGUCCAAGCGAGUUGCUUCAUGAUAUCUGUGUGUAUGAGAUGAGAACUUCUCAGUGUUACACUUUAAUUGCUUUGUAUUGGCUCUUUUUAAGAGCCCAAGAGAGUCUUUCCAAAAAUGCUUGCACUGCCCAUUUCCUAUAGUAUGGCUGUUGCUUGAGUCACAGUCCCACAGUCCCACACCAACACACUCUGGGACUGGACACCACUAUCAUGCAAACCCAUCGAAGAGCCUACUAUACCUGCCUAGUCAUCUGAUCAAUCCAAGAGCACAAUUCUAUUCUUAAUGACAAUGUUUGUACCUUUCUGUUGUACUAUUUUUUUUGUUGCCAGUGAUCCUUGUUAUUGUUAAAGACUAGUGUACAUUUUUGUUCUGUGGAGAAUGCUGCCUAGCAUUUUGAUACUGUAUUUUAGUUAUAUUUGUAUUGUAUUUGCUCCUAAUAAACAAAGCACGCGUAGCUUGAAUUGAACUAAAAGCUAUGCCCACAGACCACAUUAAUCUUGCUGACUUCAAUUUUCUGUCCAACUUGUAUUGUUUCAGAAGAAGUGAUUUGAUAUACAUCCAUUAAGAAAAUGGAAAAAAUACAGGAGGAUCAGAUUACUAUAUCCAAAGCUUUUCCCGUUUGUUUAUAUUGUAAAUAUUUUUUAUUUCAUCAAAUUAUUUAUUCAUUAAAAAGAAAUCUUUUGUGAA